AAGAGGGCGGAAUUUGAGAUUGCUUCCUUGACAUCUAGAGUAAAUACAGUGGCCUGCAUGUAGGAAAGAAUAUGAGAUUGCUUCCUUGAUAUCUGUUGAUGGCAGAAUUAUAGGAGAUGACUUCGUGGUGUUCUUUUUAUUCGGGGGACUUCUCUCUUGAGAUAGCAAUAACAAAAAUUAGUGUUGGCGGAGAGAAAGAAAAAAGAGAGAGCCAACUAGCCAGAUCACCAGAUGACAAGAGAGAAGAAAACUACUAAUGGGACAAUUUGGUAUUUAAUAACAAAUAAAAUGGAAGGGUCGACCUGUCUCACGUUGACCGCACCCUAUCUAGAGAUAUUGCUUUUGUUUGAUUAUUCCUGUCUACCGUAUUUCAGCAUUUCUUCUCCCGUGAGCGGUGAUGGCUGCUGCUCUACUCUGCUUGUUGGUGGUGACAGAGAGUUCAAUGUCACUGGAUUUAAAAAGUUUACGAAAUUCACAAAGUUUGCUAACGUUGGACUUUCUUAUCUUGUUGUCGCCAUUAUCGGCCCACAAAGUAGUGGAAAGAGCACACUACUAAACCAUUUAUUUCACACCAACUUUAAAGAGAUGGACGCUUAUAGAGGAAGGUCUCAAACAACAAAAGGUAUUUGGGUGGCAAAAUGUCCCACCAAUCACCCUUUUACUCUUGUUAUGGACAUGGAGGGUACAGAUGGGAAACAACGAGGAGAGGAUACAGCAUUCGAGAAGCAGAGUACUCUUUUUGCCCUUGCUGUAGCAGAUAUAGUGCUCAUUAACAUAUGGUGCCAUGACAUUGGCCGUGAGCACGCUUCAAAUGUGCCUCUCCUAAACACUGCGUUCCAGAUGAUGAUGCGAUUGUUUGGUCCUCGCAAGACAACCCUGAUCUUUGUCAUCCGUGAUAAGACAAAGACGCCACUGGAGAGUUUACAAAGCGAACUUCAGAACGACAUUCAGAAGAUAUGGGAGUCUGCUCCUUGGGUUGCUUGCAUGAGGCAGAAACUCUUCCAUCAUAAUAAACUUGCUGGAGAUCUUCCUGCUUCAGGAUUUUCUUUGAGUUUACAGGAAAUUUGGGAAAAAAUAAAAAAAGACAGAGAUCUUGAUAUUCCUUCCAUCAAGGUCAUGGUGGCUACAGUAAGUUGUGAAGAGAUUGCCAAUGAGAAGUAUUCUGCUUUUGCAGCAAAUGAGCUUGUUAAACGUGCAUUCCAAAAGCUGCUGGAACUUAAAAGAUCUUCUACUCUGGAUAAGUUCAAGGAAGCAUUUGAUAAGGCCUUGGACGGGGUCAUCAAGGGAUUUUCUGUGACUGCUCGUAACUUCACCGAGUCUUUUAUGGCUCAAUUUGACGAAGGCUGUGCAGAUGCUGUUAUCAAACAAGCAAACUGGGACACAUCUAAAGUAAGGGAUAAACUUAGACGUGAUAUAGAAGCCCAUGUUGCUUCAGUUCAUGCUGACAAGAUAAAGGACCAUUGUGAGGCAAAGUUGAGGGGGCUGUUAUCAGGACCGGUGGAAGUCCUUUUGAAGCAAGCUAAUAAUAAGACCUGGCCCACAAUAAGAAGACGUCUUCGAGAGGCAGAAUUAGCUUUCUGUAGGAGCGCUGUUGAAAUUUCUGGUUUUGACAUGGAUGAACAAACCAAAGCCAAAAUAGAUGCAAGUCUAGAGAAAUAUGUAAGACGUAUGGUUGAUGCUAAAGCAAAGGAAGAGGCUGGAAGGGUCCUCAUCCACAUGAAGGAGAGGUUUAUAACAAAAUUUAGCUACGAUUCUAAUUCAAUCCCACGUGUUUGGAACCGGCCGGAAAAUAUUGGAGCGAUCGCCAGAACUGCUCAUUCUUCAUCGCUAGAAGUGCUUUCUGUUAUGGCUGUGAUCCGUUUGGAUGGUGAUGAUGAUGGUGAUAAAAUUCAGCCAACUUUAAUUAGUGCCUUGCUGGAUAAAGAUAGGAGUACCACAACAAAUGACCAACUGGCUUCAAAUACUUGGGAAGAGGUUCCAUCAUCAAAAACGUUGAUCAUACCUCUUAAAUGCAAAGAGUUGUGGGAGGAAUUCAAGGAAAACACCAAGGACAUUGUUUCGAAGGCCGUUGCUGAACAGAAGGCCAACGCGCGUUUUCAACUACCUCCUUGGGCAAUUGGCUGUUUGAUUUUCGCUGGAUACAAUGCCAUUACGAGACUAAUGAGGUGAGGGUAAAGAGUGAGAACACAACUAUAUAGUGGACUUGGCGGUACGCUCUUGGAGAAAUGGUUGCAGCGCCCCGAUCGACUUUAUUUCAAUCAACGAACAAAAACUAAAAACUAAAAAAUAUUGAGCUCAAGUCCCGAAUAAGUGACCUCUCAAUUCAACUGGUUUUGAAUAGUAGAGGUGGAAUUGUUGUACUGUUGUAUUAUUAAUUAUGAAUUUUGAUUUGUACUGUAACAAGGGACAAGUAUGUGUGUUGUAUUGGAAUUUUGAAUUUUAUUUUGUAUUGUUAUUUCUUGUUCUAAA